AUGAAUACCAAACUACUUCUGGAACAGGAGAAUGGCGAUCCAAUGGCAGCCUACGUGAGUCAGGCAUGGUCGUUGGAAGGACAGUUGCCGUUACUGAUUGCCAUUGCAGCCUUGUUGGGAUUGGGCAAGGGUGGAGUACCAGGGUUUGCCACGGUCGCAACGGCCGCUACCGUCGCCACAUCCCCCACGAGUAUUCCUGGAGGAUUGGGCUUGGCCGUAGCGCUGCAAGUGCCUAUAUUGACCAUGAUUGACGUGUCGGCGUCGUGGUUGCAUUAUAAGGAUUUGGAUUUUGACACCAUCAAGUUAUUGUUGCCCAUGAGCUUUGUCGGAAUGGGACUGGGUGUCUGGCUGGAUAAGCAAUUGACCGAUGCCAAUGCCAGACUACUGGUGGGUCUCUUGCUGUUGAUGAUUCUGGCAGUGCAAAUGGGGAAAGAUACCAUCAUGGGGCUCUUUGACGACGACAAGGACCAAGGAAAACAGCAGCAGCCAAAACAUGCAAAAGAAGACUCUUCCGAGCGAAUACAAGAUGACAAUGAACAAGACAUGAUUGAGACAGGAAAAGCGUCACUCUCUCAAAAAUCUCUCAGCGACAAUAAGAGUCCUUUGCGGAGACGACCUCAUUCCCAUGAUUCCCAUGACGUGCCAUCUGUCGGUUUGCACAGUACCACUUCCGACCACCACAAAAAACCAACUGCAGUGCCAACACAUACAGUAGUAGUAGAUCCCACCACCAAACUCAUUUGGGCCUGUGUCGUGGGAAUUGUCGGAGGCGCCGCCACCAUGCUCACCAACGCCAUGGGACCCAUUUUGAAUGUCUACCUACUCAGUGUCGUGCGAUUGCCCCCCACGGCGUAUAUUGGCACGCGGGCCAUGUUCUUUUGCUUUCUCAACUGUGGCAAGCUACCCAUGCGAUUCUUGAGUGGAACAUUGGGAUGGUCCAUGAUGCCACUGGCGGGGUUUCUCGGCGUCAUUAGUGUGUUGGGUGUCAUGGGAGCCAAACCCAUCAUGCUCAGCAUGUCCGAAACCAACUUUGUGCGAUUGGAAUUGGCCGUCGUGGCAUUUUCGGGAGUGCGACUCUGUUGGAUGGGAUUGUAUGGAGGGUAA